AGUCCAAACUCUGUAUCAGGGCUCACGGGCGCGGCCCAAUCCAGCCUUUCUCCAGGACCAGGCCACUCACCUCUUCCUCCCAGUGUCCCUCUAUCGCGGGACCCGCAGUGCCUCGAACUUGCUGUCACCUCUGGGGUUGGCCUGUGCUGUCCCUUCUGCCCCGCUCCCUGUCACGGCCGCAUCGCCGCCAAGCUCGCAUUCCUGCCUCCGGAGCCUACCUACUCGCUAGUGCCUGAGCCUGAUCCCGGGCCCGGUGGGGCCGGGGCCGCCCCCUCGGGGACCCUACGGGCCUCAGCUGGCACCGCUGGGCGCUGGAAGCUCCACCUGCUGGAGCGCGCUGACUUCCAGUACAGCCAGCGCGAGCUGGACACCGUCGAGGUCUUCCUGACCAAGAGCAGCCGGGGCAACCGCAUCUCCUGCAUGUACGUGCGCUGCGUGCCUGGUGCCAGAUCUGAGUCCAAAGGGCAAACUUCUACCUUCCGUCUGCACUGGGCUGGGCGGGGCCCGUGGUGCUGGAGGAAGAAGACUCUGGGAGGCCAUCAGCUUGGAUCCAGCCUGGUCUCUUGCUCUUGGCAUGACCAACUCGCAGGGCUGCCACAGGACACAAGGCAGAAGUACACGGUGCUCUUCUCGCACGGCAACGCGGUGGACCUGGGCCAGAUGAGCAGCUUCUACAUCGGCCUGGGCACGCGCAUCAACUGCAACAUCUUCUCCUACGACUACUCGGGCUACGGCGUGAGCUCGGGUAAGCCCUCCGAGAAGAACCUCUACGCCGACAUCGACGCCGCCUGGCAGGCCCUGCGCACCCGGUACGGCAUCAGCCCGGACAGCAUCGUCCUGUACGGGCAGAGCAUUGGCACGGUGCCCACCGUGGACCUGGCUUCGCGCUAUGAGUGCGCCGCUGUGGUGCUGCACUCACCCCUCACCUCGGGCAUGCGCGUCGCCUUCCCAGACACCAAGAAGACCUACUGCUUCGACGCCUUCCCCAACAUCGAGAAGGUGUCCAAGAUCACGUCGCCGGUGCUCAUCAUCCACGGCACGGAGGACGAGGUGAUUGACUUUUCGCACGGGCUGGCGCUGUACGAGCGCUGCCCCAAGGCCGUGGAGCCUCUGUGGGUGGAGGGCGCCGGGCACAACGACAUCGAGCUCUACAGCCAGUACCUGGAGCGCCUGCGCCGCUUCAUCUCCCAGGAGCUGCCCGGCCAGCGUGCCUAACCUAGCGGCCGCCCAGCCGCGCCGGGACCUCAGCAAUAAGGCGGCGCCCGGACCCUGCCCCGGUCCCGGGGGCUGCAUGUGAACCCCUGGGUGCCCCACGCCCUCGAGGCAGCCGGCAGGUAGGGGUCGGGACCUACCCCAGCCCAGGGGACGUGGACAAUGUACAGGUGACGGAGCUAUGCUCUUAUUUCCUUUUGGAAGCAAAACGAGGAAGAACGUGAAAACAGAAAUUAAAGAUUUAAAAUUUUAA